UAACCAUUGAGAGAAGAAUUCUACAUGGUUAUAUAUGUUUAAACCCUCCAUAACGGAAGAGAGGAGAGCAGUGUGACUCUGACCAAACAAAGCCUCGAUUACUGUUGUUGACGCUAAAAUAUACGCCCCGCUUGCCCUUCUAAAGGCCCCUCCUCAUCUCCACUUUGUUCCAUCUACUGAGAGUUGAGACUCUCGAGAGACACCGCAACAAUAACAAAGCAUAUAACCCAAAUCCCAGAAAGAGUCACGGAUCCAGAUAUGAGGAUGAAUGGCCACAAGACACCGCCGCCUCCACCGCCAUCUACACUGCCGGUGCAGCUGAUGGAGGCAAAGGUGUUGGCGGAGAAUGGACAAAGUGAACCCCGCGUGGGGUUGUUCAAUGCAGGGUUAGGGUCCAAGACUGGUGUCUGGACUAGAGGGGAUGUGGUACUGGUGACACUCAGGCUGUUGUGCAUGGCUGCUUCCUUGACGGCCAUGUUGUUCAUGGUCACAGCCCGUCAAGUUAGCACUGCUUCCUUCUACGGGUUCCAGCUGCAGCUCCACUCAAAGUGGUCUUUCUCUUACUCCUUCGAAUAUCUUGUUGGAGUUACAGCAGCUGCUGCGGGUUACUCCUUGCUGCAAUCACUCAUUGGCGGGUCAAGGCUGCUGAGAAAGUCUCCAGUGAUUCCUUCAAGGAAUCAAGCCUGGCUUACUUUUGCUGGGGAUCAGAUUUUGGCGUAUGCAAUGAUGAGUGCGGGAUCAGCAGCAUCAGGGGUAACCAACCUGAAUCGAACAGGGAUCCGACAUACGGCUCUACCUAAUUUUUGUAAGUCUUUGGGUAGCUUCUGCGAUCAUGUUGCGGUCUCAAUAGCCAUCACUUUCUUCAGCUGUGUCUUGUACGCUGCCUCUGCUGUUCAGGAUGUAAUUUGGCUCUCCAAGCACUGAAUUUUUCAUGAUCUCCCCAGUCCCCAGUCCACCACUCCUUUCUCUUAGUUACAUAUGUAGUAUCUUCUUAUCCUAUAAUGGUGGCUUCUUAGAAAUACGUACUUUUAUUUACUUAGCUAGUUUUGUUGAUGGAAUCUUGGUAUUGCAAGACAGCCAGCGGUGUUUGUAAAAAGGAAAGACGGCCUUGCUACUUUGCCAUGCUAAGGCGUCUAAGUUGACUAACCAUCCUUUGAGGACAAGCUUCUCGGGUUUACCCGACCCAUGUUCUACCUCUAUUUAAUUUGGGCAUCUCAUUGGAUGGAAAAUAUAGUAUAUUUAUGAAAUUUUGUUCAUCAAAAUGCAUAUAAAUUAUGAGCU